AUGCAGCACCAAGACAUUGUGGCGAGCCUCAGAGCCGAACUCCUCCAAGCCAAGGGUGAGAUUAUGGCUCUCAAAGAGGGAAAGACGUCUCUACAGGAGCAGGUCGAGCAGCUCCAGGAGCAGCUGAAAGUUAGUGAUGAUCUCUUGCGAAAAAAGAGCAAGAAACUUAGAGCUCGCCUCAGGGCCUACAUAGACUGCCUGGCCCAGCUCACUGAGUAUCAGGUCGAGUGUGAGGAUCCGGAGGCGAGUGUGCACCAGGAGCCAGCUCAGCCUGAAACAAGCUGGAGCAGAGAGUUGGGGGUCGACGAGGAAAACGAGGCUCUGAAGGAGCAGGUCAACGUGCUCAAGACCGGACAGAGGAGGCUCGAGGAUGAGCUGAAAAAGAAAGACGAGCUCAUUGUGACCACAACCAAGAGGAGGGGUAUUCAAACCAACACCUACCUUGACUCCCUGGUCAUGCUCACGGUCAAAGAAAACGAGGUCAAAAGGAGUCAGGCAGAGACGCAGGAAGCGAGGCUGCAGCGGCAGACAACUCCUACUGAGGGAGUGAGCAGCAGAAAGGUGGACGCCGUCGAAAAAGAAAACAAGACUAUGAAGGAGCAAGUUCACAAACUAAAAUGUGAACAGACAAAGCUCCAGGAGGAGGUCAGACAUAAAGAGGAGCUGGUGAAAAACGAAAGCAGGAAAAGAGCAGCUUCUGUCAAGUUGUACCUCGGCUGCCUGAACAGGCUCAGUGACAUGGAGAACAAGCUAGAACAUAGACAGGUCAGGAGGAGGAGACGAGUGGCGCAGCUGGAGACUGUAAAGGUGGAGGACCAAGAUGAACUCCUGAACCAGGAGACAGAUUAUCCUCCAAAGACGAGAGGAACGAGAGGACGUUUGCCCUGA